GAUAUGAUAGACCAUGGUUGGUUUACUCUUUGAUAAAAGAUAAAGUCUUUUGCUUUUGUUGUGUUUUAUUCAAAAAAAGUGUGCUGCUAAACCCUCUAACAAGUGUGGGUCAAGGCUAUAGUGAUUGGCACAACAUACAUUGUAGACUUGUAGAGCAUGAAAAGAGCUUUGAUCAUAUCCUUAGCAUGGAAGCAUGGAGGGAAGCGGAAAUGAGGUUAAAAAAAAAGGUAACAAUUGAUGCUUCCCGAGAAAUAGCUAUCAAUAAAGAGAAGGAGUAUUGGAGAGCUGUUUUAAAGAGGAUUAUGAUUGUUGUCAAGACUCUUGCUACUUGCAACAUAGCUUUCCGUGGCCAUAAGGAGAAGCUUUCUGAUGAAAAUAAUGGAAAUUUCUUGAGCAUUAUUAACAUGAUUGCAGAGUUUGAUCCUAUAAUGGAAGAGCAUCUCAGGAGAAUACGGAAGAAAGAGAUCCGAAAUCAUUAUCUUGGUCAUAAUAUACAAAAUGAGAUGAUACAACUUUUGUCAAAUGAAGUAAAAAAAAAAUCCUUCAAGUUGUUCGUAGUGCAAAGUACUUCUCUGUUAUUCUUGAUUGCACACCGGAUGUUAGUCAUGAUGAGCAAAUGACACUUGUGAUUCGAUGUAUAGAUGUGUCUACAAGCCCUAUAAGAGUUGAGGAGUUUUUCAUCACAUUUGUUAAAGUCAUUGAGACAACAGGUGAAGCCCUAUUUGACGAACUUAAAAAAUUGCUUGACACUCAUGAACUUGACUUUAAUAAUGUAAGGGGACAAGGUUAUGACAAUGGCUCAAACAUGAAGGGAGAUAACAAAGGGGUACAAGCUAGGGUGUUACGAGAAUAUCCUAGAGCAUUUUAUACUCCUUGUGGUUGCCAUUCUUUAAACCUCGCCCUUUGUGAUAUGGCUAUGAGUUGUGUACAAGCAAAAACAUUUUUUGGUGUGGUGCAACGCAUCUAUAAAUUAUUUUCAGGUUCAACCAAACGAUGGGAGGUUCUGAAGAUGUACCUUAAAGAUGGUGAUGGAAAUGGUCUCACUCUUAAAUCAUGGUCAGAUACACGUUGGGAAAGUCGUGUUGCUAGUGUUAGAGCUAUAAGGUUUCAAGGGCCGCAGAUACAACAAGCAUUAGAGCACUUGACCAAAUGUAGUAACGAUCCUAGCACUGUGAGUGAUGCAAAGUCCAUAUGUGAGUAUGAAAUGAACUUUGAUUUCCUUGUUGCUAUGGUAAUCUGGUACGAGAUACUCAACAAGGUAAACAAAGUUAGCAAAGUCCUCCAACAGAAAGAUAUGAUCAUCAGUUCAGCCAUUACUCUCUUGAAAGGUCUGAUUGCAUAUUUUAAAGAUUAUAGAGAAGAUGGAUUUGAGAAAGCCAAAGUUGAAGCUGAAAAAUUGGCGAUUGAAUUAAAUAUUCAACCCCAAUUUCGUGAAACACGAGUUCGUACCAAAAAGAGGUUUUUCGAUGAAAAUGCAAUGGACGAACCGAUAAAAUCAGCAGAAAGUGCAUUCAAGUUAACUUACUUCUUGUUUGUUGUUGAUAAUGCUAUAUCUUCACUUACUACUAGAUUUGAGCAGUUUCAAAAAUAC